AUGGCCGCCAGCGACCUGGACGGCCGCGGGCGCAUCGCGUACGACGAGUUCAUCGCCGCCAUGAUGGACUCAUCCAGGGUUAUGAGCCGCAAGGGCGCUGCCCGACGCAGCUUCCAGGAGCUGGACCGCGACGGCGAUGGCGUCAUCAGCGUCGAGGACCUAGCGCAGGUUCUGCAGGAGGCGCCCGCCGGCUGCGGCGCGCGCGUCAAGGGCCGCGCGUGCAGCUUCGACAUGGCGGCGCUGAUCGUGAGCGAGGUGGACGCGGGCCGCAAGGGCGGCCUGUCGUUCGAGGACUUUGAGAGGGUGUGGUGCACCGCGUGA